AUGCUGAGUGUGGAGAUGUUUCCCAGUCUGUCCUUGGGGCCUCCGAGAAUGGGCGACUGCUUCUACAGAGACAGAGAAGUGGCCCCGCACAGGCCACUGUUUCCCGCUCCCUGUGACAUGGCCGCGAGGGCCCUCCCCUCGAGGCUGAUGGCUCCGCCCCCGGUCCCUGGCGAGCCAACCAGCAAAGCCCAAGAGGAGGUGAAGAUGGAGCUGGAGAAUGUGUCGUUAUGGAAACAGUUCAGCGCCGUCGGCACGGAGAUGAUCAUCACCAAGAAGGGACGGCGGAUGUUUCCCGGACUGAGGGUUCGGCUGUCGGGUCUGAACCAGUCUCUGCGCUACAUCCUCCUGCUGGACAUCAUCCCCGUGGACAACUCCCGCUACCGUUUCCACAACGACGCCUGGCAGGCCGUGGGCGGGGCCGAGGCCCGGCUCCCGGACCGGGUCUUCAUCCACCCAGACUCGCCGGCCACUGGCGCCCACUGGCAGAGCCGUGCGGUCUCCUUCCACCGAGCCAAGCUCACCAACAACACACUGGACGCCCACGGACAUAUCAUCCUCCACUCUCUGCACCGGUACCAACCCAGGGUCCAUGUGAUCGAGGCCCGGGACGUGUUGAGGUGGGGGGGCGGGCAGCACUCCUUCACCUUUUCCGAGACCCUGUUCCUCACCGUUACUGCCUACCAGAACUCCAGGAUCACACAGUUGAAGAUAAAUUCCAAUCCCUUUGCUAAAGGAUUCAGAGAAGAUGGCAUGAACUGCAAAAAACAGCGAGAUGCCCGUCAGAAGCGUAAGAUGUCCGAGACGACGCCGGAGACCCGAGACAUCGUGAGCUGCGACCCGUGUGACCCCUCUGAGCUCCUGCCCCAGACCGCCACUGCCGACCCCAGCCCCGCGGACCUGCAGGCCCUGGUCCUCGACUCCCUCCCCUCUUGCUUGUACCGAGCGGAGGACGCGCCCUACCGGGACCCUCGGGUCCCCGGGGAGCCGCUGGACCCGGAGCAGGCGUUCAUGACAUCCCAGAUGUCCGACAUCGCUGUCGACCUGGCCGACGGGAUGCAGGAUGUGCCGGGCAGUGAAAUGGCCAGCAGUUUGAUUGACAGGUCUGAUCACCUGAGUCUUCAGCCAUUCACCGCCUUCUCUACUGCUCCUCUUCCUCACUCUUCACCCUCCUUUCACCCCAUCCUAUCCUCCUCCUCUUCGCUACAGCAAAACCCCUCCCCCUUUCUCGCCGUGACCCCGCCUCCCUCCUCCCCCUCCUCCUCCUCUGCCUGUUCGUCGGAACCGCUGUCGGCCCGCCCGCUGCUGGCUCCACCCAGCGAGGAUAAUUCUCCUCUGGUUCAGAGCGCCACUGUGUUCUCCUUCCCCGCAGACCCAGACCCAAACCAGCUAUCGUCUCAGUCUCUGCCUGACCAAAACCAGCCUGGGCAUCUCAACCAGACGAUUCUGAACCAAUCUGGUACCUCUGGGCCAUGCUCCCUGUCCUCCCUUGGUGGUUAUAUGCCUCCUCUUCUCUCCUCUCUCCUUCCUCCAGCUCAGAAUCCAUCUUUUUCGGAUGUGAGCCCCGGCUCAGGCCACCCUGUCCUGCCUGUCAGUCAAGCUCAGGCCCCACCCAUCGCCCCGCCCCCUCCUCCCUCAUCUUUUAUCCAUCAAUCAUCCUCCUUUCCUCUUCCGUCCUACCAAUCCUGCAUCUCCUCUCACCUCCCUCCCCCCCCACUCCCUCAGACUCUGACCACUACCACCUCCUCCUCCUCCUCCUCGUACUCCUCUUUUGCUCCUGAAGUAAGCGCCAUGUCGCAAUUUAACCCGGGCACCCCCUACCUUCCAGAGGUGGUACUGCACCACACCUCUCUUCUUCCCCAGCUUGAGCAAUCUCUCCCCCCCACCCUCUACCCCGCCUUUCCCUCCUACCCCCUCCAGCUGUGCCAAGACCCCCGUGCGCCCCUCCCCAUUUCACUCAGGCAUCUGUACAGGCAGACCCAGCAUGGCCAUCCCCACGCGCAGGGGUCCUACCUGGACAUGACCAGCAGAGUCGUAUUCUGA